AUGGCCUCCCGCACCUUCGAACAGUUUUUUGACCUUCCCGUCGAGAUCCGGGAUCAAAUCAUCUCGUACCUUUGCAUACUACCAAAUCCGAUACAGAUAGGUCCCACAGAGAUCUCUGAGAUACCUUUCCCACACGACUUAAUACUUUCCCAUCCGCUCCUUUACGCCGCUGGUUCCGCCCUUUUCUACGAGCAAAACCGCUUCAUCCUCAAUCUCCAAAAUGGGCCCCGCGCCGCCGUCGAGCGGGCUAUCUGCGACGGCAGCCCCUGGCUCCUCGGCAACGACCGAGCCCGUCGCCGCGUAAAGUAUCUUGAGCUUUCACCCGGCCGCCUGGGCAACGUCUUCCAGACCCACGUCUCCCCGGCCGUGGCCGACAUGAUUCUGAACGGCUCCCUCCGGCAUCUAAGGCUCGUUCUGUAUCCAACGAGUGCCGACAAGGUCGUUUUUAACCAGAAUGCCACCGAUGCUCAGUCCAGAAGAGCCGCCAUCACGCGGCGCGAUGACGCCUUUGCUCAUUCAAGGCCGUUCCAAGCUCUGUUGCGGCUUCUGGCCGAUCCGGACCUAGAGACGGCUGAUCUCUACGUCGACCCCAUCCACCGCGAUUUUUGGUGUGAGUUCCACGAGGGUGUGGCUUGCUGCAAGGGACAGCGCAAGGGACCGUGGCAACUCAUUGCGAUUGACUGGAGGAGUCUUGCCGCUAGCUACGGGAAGGAUCAUGAACUCAGCAUUGUUCGGGUGGCGUCUUAA